CAUGAGCUCGGAAGCAUCCAAGUCCGGCUCCCAGCGAUGUUGACAUUGAUGUCGUUCGAUAUUAAGAGACAGGUAUAUCCAAACUAACCUGGAAAAAUAGGGAGGUGAAGCCGGGUCAUGCCGUCGGAUUCAUGCUAACUCUAUCAAGCCAUGCAAUCCGGGGCGCCUGCAUCUCGCUUCCUUAUCAGUGCCUUUCACCAACUAGUCUCGCCGCAUGACGAAGCAAACGCAGAGGGUAAGUAGAGUAACCCAUCCGUUUCAGAGAGACGCUGGCUAGUAACGGUAGGCUCCGAAUUUCUCCUUGCAUUCACUUUCGUUAUCGGUCCCUCUGACCUGCUUCUUCUCUUACACACGUGUGAUCCGCCAAUAUGGGCGCAGACGAGAAGCAGGAGAAGUCUGCUAAUGGCCUAGAGUCGCAGCGAAAAGGCAGCGCUAUCGAAGGCGAGCUUGAAACGAUCCUUGGGUACAAGCCGGAGUUGCAGCGCAAUCGCUCCUUGUUCACUCUUUUGUUCCAGUCCUUAGCGAUUGCGGCCAUACCGUACGGUGAGGGGACUCCAUUGAUCAGCGCUAUCUACGGAGGCGGCCAGCUCUCUAUCUUCCUAGGAUGGAUAGUCAUCCUAAUCCUUGACGAGUGCGUAGCUCUCUCGCUCGGCGAGCUGGCAUCCAGGUACCCAACGUCAGGCGGGCCUUCGUACUGGUCUUUCCAAGUCGCGCCCCGAUACAAGACCGUUCUAGCUUAUGUUACAGGUUGGAUAUGGCUUAUCGGUAACUGGACGAUCACAUUGUCCGUCAAUUUCGGCUUCGCCAGUCUGCUCUCCGGGACCAUAGCGAUGUAUCAUCCUGACUUCGCGCUGAAUGACUGGCAACUGCUUCUCGUGUUCUAUGCAAUAUGCCUUCUCACAUUCGUCAUCUGCGCCUUCUUUAAUCGCUGGCUACCGAUUGUAGAUACAAUCUGCGCUGCCUGGACUGGCUUGAGCAUCCUUAUUAUCCUGAUUGCCAUAUCGGUCAAGGCGGCCGUGGGCAGGCAUUCGGCAUCGUACACCCUUGGUCAUUACGACACAUCUCUUGCAGGAUGGGGUGGCUUUACAUUCUUCAUAGGCCUCCUUCCCGCUGCUUACACAUUCAGCGCCAUUGGCAUGAUCUCAUCGAUGGCCGAAGAAUGCGCGGAUCCGGCCAUCAAAGUGCCGAACGCGAUCAGUCUAUGUGUACCUGUCGGUGGGAUUGCUGGCUUCUUCUUCAUCAUUCCCAUAUGCGCUACUUUACCGCCACUUGCUGAUGUGAUCGGCGCACCCGCGGGUCAAGCUUUGCCGUACAUCUUCAACGUUGUAAUGGGCACGCCAGGCGGCGGGCUUGGCCUCAUGUUCUUGGUGCUCGUCAUUACUCUGUUCUGCUCGAUCUCAAUCACCGUUGCUGCAUCGCGCUGCACCUGGGCUUUCGCACGAGACGACGCUAUACCAGGCGCUAAGAUGUUUGCGAAAGUCGACUCCCGCCUCGGUGUGCCUUUAUGGAGUCUUGUCUUGGUCACUGUUGUACAGUAGGUUGCUGUAACAGGUGUCAAGCGAUGCUGAAGGGAUAGUGCUAAUGUCGCGCAGGAUGCUAUUAGGACUUAUCAAUCUCGGCAGCACCUCCGCCUUCUUAGCCUUCGUUUCUGUUGGAGUACAGGCAUUAGCGCUGGCAUAUGCGAUUCCGAUUGCCAUCAGCCUAUUCUGCGGUCGGAAGGAGGUGAGCAAGGCGAGAUGGAAUUUGGGCGCCGUGGCCGGCACAAUUGUGAACGUACUGGCGCUGCUGUGGAUCGGUUUUGAGCUUGUACUGUU